AUGAUCCAGACUGGCCAGGGUUAUACUGUUGCGCCCCCUAGCAGCGACAGUAUAGGGUUGGACAGUUCCGAUGAGAGAUCAGACCCCGACGAUAGAUUAGAUCACCACCACCUUAUCGACGAUGAAGACCAAGAUAUGUCAGAUAUGUCGGAUGGCGGUGCCGCUUUGACUGAAGAUUCACCUCAUGAUGGAGACCCUUCAGACACAACACUAUCGCAUGCGGAACAGCUAAAUGCUGAGAUGGAUAUGCUGGACGCCGAGGUUAUGGGCCAGGACAACCUGGAUGACUUAUUUCUGGAUGCGCAUUUCCAUCAUUCAAUGAUGGCCGGGGAACUUCCACUUUACUACCCCGAUCCCGUUCAUGGGCCUAACCCCCAAUUUGCGCAACCCUCUGCCGACUUCGAGGAUGAUCUAGAAUAUGAUGGAUUCAUCCCUCAAGAAGCAGACGCUACCAAUAUGCCGGCAGCCACGUCGGAAGAGUCUCUAGAAUCAGAGCAUCUUCAAGAUGGAGAAGAGGGUACGGAACCCACAGAUGGCCAAGGCGCGCAGCAUGAUGGUAUCGCAGCCCACAGUAUACUACCCCCUCCCUUUCCUACUCUGUCUUCUGCGGGUGUUGGGGAGCCUGUCAAUUAUAUACAGAAUGGUUUCAUUUCGUUGGCGGAGAUAUCCGCUGCCACUCCACAUGCGGUGGGUUUGGCUCUGGGGCCAAAUAAUGUGCCGCAUGUCUGGGUCCACGGGGGAUGGACACCUCCACCCGGGACAGAGGUCUUGAUGCCAGACCAGAGCCACCAGGCCAUUUCUCAAUUCAACUAUACAGACGUUAUCACAGAUGAUGAGCUCGUAUCUGAAGCUGACCCGAUUGAAGUGGAUGACCAGUUUAAUCUCAGUUUAGUGGACUUCCUCUAUACUUGGGGAAGGAUCUCUUCACGGGAGGACGAAGCACACAGAAAGAUGGGCAAGGGACCCUCCCUACCAGCAAUCAUUAGACAGAGGGAUCUGAGAGAACUUCGGCCAACAGAGCGGAGGGAUCUGAAUGGAGAGAGGUGUGAUAUUCAAAGGAUCAAUUGGACGGAACUGGGAGUUUCCAGAUCAGAGGCAACACAAAUGCGUCGACGGACAUACAAGAACUACACUAACCUACGGCUUCCCCUACAGUGGCAUCCACGUUUGCAUGGUGCUCGGUUGCCAGAUAAUGAGAACUACUUCAAGUUUCGACGAAUGGAUUUUGACCACGAAAUUCAUCUGUCACAUUUCCAACUUCGAAACCUGAUGGCUUGUGCUUCACGUGAUCACAUCUUCUAUGCUGGCAAAUCGAAAGUUCUGCAAUACACCCCCACGAGAGGGUCGAACUCGACUGGUCCCGCUGCUACGGCUAUGGAUCUUACGGACCCUGUCGUUCAACCAUACCAUUCCUUCAGCGGCGGAAUCCAGAUCUCAACAUUAACAGUUGCACACGACAUGCUUGUUGCAGGUGGCUUCUGUGGAGAGUACGGCAUGGUGAACCUCAGAGCUAGCCGGCAUACCAAACACACCGAAGGUCUCAUAUCCGACCAUCCCAACAGCAUAACAAACCACGUUCAGGUCCACCUAUCGCGCAGUUCCUCUUUGCCUCUCGCUGCCUUUUCAUCCAAUGACAACUCCGUACGAAUCCUAGACAUCAGCACCAACAAAUUCAUCGCCGAACACAAGUACGAGCACGCCAUAAACUGCUCGACUAUCUCUCCAGACCAGCGGCUGCGAGCUCUGGUCGGCGACGACCGAAAAGUUCUGAUUUGCAACUCAGAUACUGGCGAGAUUCUCCAACAGUUGGAAGGCCACCGAGACUUUGGAUUUGCGUGUGACUGGGCUGAUGAUGGUUGGACCGUCGCUACCGGAAACCAAGAUAUGCAGGUCAAGAUUUGGGAUGCGCGGAAGUGGACAACAAGCCAAGGGGUUGCUUCUCCUAUCGCGACCAUUGCAGCGGAGAUGGCAGGUGUGAGGAAAUUGAAAUUCUCUCCUUGCGGUUCCGGCAAGAGGGUGCUGGUCGCAGCUGAACCGGCGGACUUCGUCAGUAUCAUCAAUGCCGAGACGUUCUCGAGCAAGCAGACACUCAACUUCUUUGGUGAGAUUGGGGGUGUAGACUUCACGAACGACGGGCAAGACCUCUUUAUUGGGAACUGCGAUAACAUGAGGGGCGGCAUCAUGGAGUUCGAGAGAUGUGAUCACGCGAGCGAGGCGCUCUAUGGACUCAGAGGGGGUGGAAAGCAGAGACAUCGAGCCGAGGCUAUGCAGAAAGCUUACGGAUAUGAUUGGGAUGCUUCGGACGAGGAGAUUAUAAGCCAUCCGAAGUCUCGAGGGACGGCUAUGCAUCGCGCUCGGAUGCCGGCAAUGUUGGGAACCACGAUGGCGCCUUUCUGA